GCGAGAGUUGUUCCACGAGACACGAUGGUACCACCUCUCAGUCAGUAUUGAAUACAGAAGAGAGUCUGCUCGAAAGUCAAAUAAAUUCUACAAUUAAUUAUUAUAAGUUUUGUGUCACUCAUAAGGGGGAAUUUAUGAAAAAUUUCCAAAAUACAGUCUCGAAAUAUAAACGAGAUUCAAUAACGAAUCGUUCUCAGCUCUUAUCAUUGAGUGUUAGUUUUGGAAAAUUGAAUAGUGAAGUGCAUUAAUUUUCCGAGGAUCUAUAGAAUCAGAAGAAUUUGUGUUUUUCAAAUGAAACUCUAAUCAACAGUUUCUUCAAUGGAGGAUGGACAUUCUGACGUAUCGCAGAUCGUUUUUUAUUCUAUAUCUCGAAAAAGAGGGUUGAUAGCUGAACUAGGAAAAGUAAUUUAUUCUUGGAUUGGAAAACGGUGACGUUUGGAGAGUUUAUAAAACUCCAAAAGGUGAAAGAGAAUUCUUUCUCCAGACACAACCAAAAACCAUAAAAUAUUCCCAAAGACAACAAAGGAAAAAGAGAACUCAAAAAACAAAAAAAAUAAUGGAGUCAACAACAGAAGAAGAUUUGGAGGAUUUUUGGGACAAUUUACGAUUAGAGAAUCUCACAGAAGUCGAUUAUUUAAAUAGAGUUCUAGGUCCAAAAAAUUUACCAUUAAACAUUGCAGUGCCAUUAACUGUCGCGUAUUUAAUAAUUUUUAUCACUGGAAUUUUUGGAAAUAUAACGACCUGCAUGGUAAUUAUUAAAAAUUCCUCAAUGCAGAAUGCAACCAACUACUACCUCUUCAGUCUCGCCAUAUCCGACCUUAUUCUACUUGUUCUCGGUCUUCCGAAUGAAAUAAGCGUCUUUUGGCAGCAAUAUCCAUGGGUUUUCGGACUCACUGUAUGCAAAAUAAGAGCCUACGUUUCAGAAAUGUCCUCUUAUGUAUCCGUAUUGACAAUAGUCGCAUUCUCAAUGGAACGAUAUUUAGCGAUUUGUCAUCCCUUUCGUGUAAACGCGAUGAGUGGAUUAAAACGUCCAAUUAGUUUUAUUUUGGGCUCUUGGUCAAUUGCCAUGAUAUCAGCUAUUCCAUUUAUCAUUUAUUCGAAACUUAAUUACGUGGAAUAUCCCCCGAAAUCAGGAAACGAAUCAAAAGAUUCGGCAAUUUGCGCAAUGCUCCUACCGGACAUGCCUCAUUAUCCACUCUACGAAAUGAGCUGCCUAAUAUUCUUUCUCAUACCAAUGAUAAUAAUUUUCAUUCUAUACGUGAGAAUGGGCUUAAAAAUCCACAAGAGCGCCAGAAAUUCCCUCGGGCCUAUUUUCAAUCAGAAUUCCGUUCACACCGAAUCAAAACAAUUUCAAUCCAGAAAGAGUAUCAUCAGAAUGCUAAGUGCUGUUGUGGUAUUAUUUUUUAUUUGUUGGGCGCCAUUUCACACGCAGAGACUAUUUUAUAUUUACGGGGCGAAUGCAGAUUACUAUCCGGAUUUAAAUGAAUUUUUAUAUAUAUUUAGUGGAUUUUUGUAUUAUUUCAGUACAACAAUAAAUCCAAUUUUGUACAAUCUUAUGAGUUCACGUUAUAGAAAAGCGUUCAAGGAAACACUUUGUUGUAAAGGCGAUAAAAAACAAGGACUUUCCAAUUUCUCAAAGAUUAAUACUUCGCGAUUGAAUUCUGAUCAAACGAAACGUACAUCAAACAUUCAAUCAUCUUUCAGACAUUCAAUCAAUCAGGCGAAAGAAAUGUUCCUCUCGAAUCUGGAUCAAGAAUCUGAUAAUAAGAAUAAUGCUUUCGAUACCAAAGGAAAUUCAAGGAAGAGUAAUUUAUUAUAUUCCGAUAAUCAUUCAACUCGAGCCCUUCUCGAUAAAACUCGUCAUUCUUCAGUAAAAAUGCAAACAAGUAAUGAGUGUUCCGAAUCGAAAGAUCAAGUUACGGAAAAUGUUACCAACAGUUUUCUAUGAUCAAAGUUUUUACGAUUGUUAAUAGUUUUUCUUUUGUUUUUGUAUAUUGUUCGUUUAUAGGAAAAAAUUUUCUUUAGUUCUACUGUACAUAAUGUUAUUGUUUAAUUUUAUUGUAUUAUGUAAAUAUAAAUAUUAUUUAAAU